CUCCAGACAUUUUGCUUCACUGUCAGCACAUACAGCUGUAUUAAUCUAAGCCUCGGAUAUCAUUUACCACAAGAACACUCUAAAGGACAAUGAGAUUGAAGAAGGAUCUGAUCCUGCUGGUACUCAUCUCUCUGUGCGUUGCUCAGAAGAAGGGCACUCAGGAAACAUGGGAGCAUAGAGACAAGACAAAUGGCAAAAGCUGCUCAAACCUGACCCAAGUGCUGGACAACUGGAAAUAUGCCAUCAUGUACCAGGUGAAGGAUAUGCUGGUCAAUGACCAUGCUUCAGUCUUACCUGAAUAUAUGAGGAUCAAGUCUCUGUCUGAUGCAGCAGAUGACCUCUACAAUCAAUUCAACACUCUGAAGGACAACCUGGCCAAACUCAGCAAUAAAUUUGACAAGGUGGAAGACUUUGUGGAUGAGCUGCAGGCAGGGAAAAUUCCCAAAGCCUGGCUGUGGAAGGCAGCACAGUGUCCACCUGUGAGAGUGCCGACACAGAAACCAACAAGAGCCUCAGGUAGAGGGCAGUGGGUUCGGAAGGCAAGAGCCAGGAGAGGCCCUGGUAGUUAGAGGAUAUUAGUGGAAUUUUAGUGGGAUAUUAACAGGGAGGAUUUAUUAUAUACACUAUUAGUAAAAGGUUCUUUAAAUAUUUCAUUGGAUAAAUAAGGGUUUUUAGCUUCCUAAAAGAGUUCUACAAAUAGGGAAAUUAUUUUUUCCUUUGAAUGUGAUUUCUUCAUUACACAAUAAGAAUGAGAAAAUAUACCUUUACACACACACACACAUCACCCAAAGAUGGUAACACUGACAAAUGCCAUUCGCAUGAUUUUCACUAUAAGGAACAUUAUCAUUUUACGUGAUGUUUUAUUCUAUUUAGAUGCAAAGCUUUGCCUACAAUAUCUAGUUUUAAAUUUAGCAGCCAAAUCAGCUGGGCUGAUUAUACUUGCUUUGGCAAAUCUAUAUAUAAAAGUUAGAUUUAUGAGAAAUGUAUAAAUAAAAUUGGCUGUUUAUCAGAUAACAUAUUUUGAUCACAUUUU